AUGGGGGAAAGGGUCGCGCCGCCUAGUAGCCGGUCUGCUCGUCGCCGGCUGUUGCCGCGAGCUUGCCGCCGCCGUUGUGAAGGAUCUGCCAUUCCCUUGUUGCCGCUGGAGAGGGAGAUCGGAACGAGUAAGGAGGAGGGUUGUAAGAGUGUUCAAGCCGUCGCAGGUGCCGCUGCCGGACAAGGGAGCUGCGUCUCUGUGAUACUGACCGCCGGGAGUGGUUCUGUGACUUCCAGGACCGCCGCCGGAGCCUCUGGCUACUUCUGCUGUCGCCGGAAAACUCUACCGUUACCAACGCCGGAGUCCGGUCGCUGCUGUCGCUUGAGGUGGCUGCCGGGCUGCCGCCGAACCGGUUCAGAGACCGCCGCUGUUCGGUUCAGCCGUUCCUUCUUCGUUUCGAUAAUGUUGCUAUGGUUAUUGUGA